UAAACCUUAGCACUUUUGCUGUGCUGUACUUAUAGUUAUAAAAAACAAUGAGAUUCUUUGUGACAUUGUUGAUGCUAUUGGAACUUUACAAUUCUGGGGAAGGAUGUGAUAUUGGUUGGAUACGACAUCAUACAAAAUGUUACAUGUUCAGUAACACAACAGCAACCUGGGCAGAAGCUGAGAGCAUUUGCAACGCGUUUCACACUAUUCUGGCUGAACCAAGGUCACACGAUGAAUCCAUGUUCCUGAUAAGUCAAAGUGAAAAUGAAGUUGGACACUUCUGGAUCGGGAUAUCAGAUAUAAUAAAAGAGGACAGAUGGGUUUACUCCUCAGAUCUACAGCCGGUCAAAGUUACUGAUUUCUAUCCUGGGCAACCUAAUGAAUAUACCAGUGCUAACUGUGUAGCACUGCGGAAAAUAUUCCAUGGAUACUGGGGCGAUUUACCGUGCUCUGAACAUUUUAACUUUAUUUGUGAGACCAAGGAAAAAUCAAAUGGGGAUGUGCUUGGUUAAAAUCUGGCAAAUAAAAACAAAUAUUUAUGAAUUAA